CAGGUAUACGUUUGAUCAGUUCCUGCAUUCCCUGAAUGAAAUGUCUUCAGUGAAGCUCUCAGGUGAAAUCACUGGCCUUACUCCAGGAAAGCAUGGUUUCCAUGUCCAUGUUUUUGGAGACAACACAAAUGGCUGCAUCAGUGCAGGUCCACACUUCAACCCUUAUGGUAAAAAUCACGGUGGACCAACUGAUAGUGACAGACAUGUCGGAGACCUUGGUAACAUGAUAGCCGAUGACAAUGGUGUUGCAAAAAUUGGCAUUGAGGAUAAAAUUGCGACCCUGUUAGGGCAACACUCCAUCAUUGGGAGGACCAUGGUGAUCCAUGAGAAGGAGGAUGACUUGGGUAAAGGAGGCAGUGAAGAAAGUCUUAAAACUGGCAAUGCUGGAGGUCGCCUGGCCUGUGGAAUUAUAGGCAUCACUCAGUGAAGUCCAGCUCUAAUCGAAGAGUUGGCUUUGAAAUAUUGGUGACCAAUGUGGAUCCCCCCCUUCCUUAAGCACUUAGCCCUCUGACAAUUGCAUCUCUAUUUUUGCAAGUUAAUGUUUAAAGAAUUGUACUUUAGCCAUGUAAAGCCGUUUUGUUUUCUGCACACGUCUGUGUGGGCACUGUCUGACUUCUUACAGCUACAAAGUGAUGUUCAUUUCCUCUGAUCUCUGCUUUAUUCAAUAAAGAUUGAGCGGACUGGAUAUGUGUGUGUCUUUAUGAACUACACUUUUGGUCUGUGAUGGAAAAAUAAAUUGUGCAGGUAUAAUAUUAAAC